CCAAGCGGCAGCCUGAGGCUUAGAAGCCGCGAGCCACGCCGCUCAGGAGCAGCCCCAUGGCGGAGCAGCUGGCCUUGGUGAUCGGGAGCGUCAUUGGAGGACUGCUGUUGCUGAUAUUCGGAGUGAGCUGCUGUCUGUGGAGGAGGCUUUGCGCCACCUUUACCUAUGAGGAGCUGCCAGAGACACCAGACCCGGCCACCACCUCUUCCUUCAGCAGACAAGAAGACAGGCUCCACCCAUAUGCUGGGACCCCAUCUGGCAGGCUACCAAGUGUACCAUUUGUUGUACCCCCUUCUCACCAAGGCCGAGACUGGGUACCUCUACAUGCUAGAGAUGGGGCUCCGACUUCACAGGACCCCUGUCCUGUCCCAGAGCACAUGCCCUACACCUCCAGUGCCAGCCCUGGAGAUGCAUGUGUAAUAGGGAACAUCAACCCAGAACUGUACAAGUCUCCAGAGGACGCGGGUGAGACAGACUUCCCUGAUGGCUGCCUGGGCCGGCUCUGGUUCUCCGUGGAGUACCAACAGGAGUCUGAGCGGUUGCUGGUGGGCCUGAUCAAGGCUCGGCAACUGCAAGUCCCCACAGAGACAUGCAGCCCCCUGGUGAAGCUCCACCUGCUGCCUGAUGAACGGCGUUUCCUCCAAUCCAAGACAAAACGCAAAACCUGCAACCCACAGUUUGAUGAGAACUUCGUCUUCCAGGUGUCUAGCAGAAGUGUUACCCAGCGAGUGCUGAAGUUCUCUGUGUACCAUGUAAACAGGCAAAGGAAGCACCAGCUUCUUGGGCAGGUGCUGUUCCCUCUGAAGAAUGAGACCCUGGCAGGGGACCGCCACCAUAUCAUCUGGAGAGACCUAGAAGCUGAGAACCUGGAGCCUCCCUCGGAAUUUGGUGACCUCCAGUUCUGCCUCAGCUACAACGACUACCUGAACCGCCUGACUGUGGUUGUGCUCCGUGCCAAAGGUCUCCAGCUCCAGGAGGACAGGGGUGUUGUCAGUGUGUUUGUCAAAGUGUCUCUGAUGAAUCACAACAAAUUCAUCAAGUGCAAGAGGACUUCUGCCGUCCUGGGCUCUGUCAACCCCGUGUACAACGAGACCUUCAGCUUCAAGGCUGAGCCCAGUGAGCUGGACACUGCCAGCCUCAGCCUGACUGUGCUGCAGAUCACAGAAGGAGAUAAGAGCUACCCACUGGGGCGUGUGGUAGUGGGCCCCUACAUGUACACCCGAGGCAGAGAGCUGGAGCACUGGGACGAGAUGCUCCAGAGGCCCAAGGAGCUGGUGAAGCGCUGGCAUGCCCUGUGCCGCCCCACAGAGCCCUGAGCGGUGCCACGACCUCACUCUGCUUUGGAAACUCGUGUCCUCCCUGUUACAUGCAACACCACAGCAUGGACAUCUCAUCUAACGUUUAAUGCACGGUGGGGCUAGCCUGAGCCAGUGGUCCACAAGUGUUCAUGUGCAGGAGGGAAAAGGGGAAAGAAGCCCAGAUUUGACCAGUGUCUGUGGCCAGGAGCCUCUCCCAACCCACCUAACCCCUCCUGAUCUGUGGGGCUGCCUGGGCUUGGAACCCGGACUUCUGAUCAUCAAGGUUAUGACCUAGAAUAGGAUGUCAGGUGUUGAGAACUGAUAUCUCAUUUGGUGGAGCACAGCUAUAUACUGAUCAGGAGUGUAGUGUGAGAAGGAUCCCACCACUUUGAAAAGCUGGUGAUGGGUUAAGUCCACAGCCGCAUUGGUUUUCUAGCUGGGGUUUCUCUGUCUUCCACCACCCAGCAGAGCAAAAAACACACAUCUUUCUGGGGCAACAACAGACCUGUUGAGCAGCUCACCCACAUACUAGGAGGUCAACGAGUGAUCAGCACAGCUUACUAUGUAGCCCUUCCCCGGAGCCAUGAUGCAUGGCAACCAAAAUUAUGUGAAGUCUUGCCCACAGCCAUCCUCAGAAUGCCACACCUCACUCCCUAGGCCCUCAGGUGAUUUGUGGCUAGGUUUUGUGUUCAUCUGGUUAACAGGAUUUGGCGUUCAGCUCCUGACUCUUACUUUGGACAGGUGAAUCCAUGGGACCAUGGUAUUGUCCACAAGACUGAUGACAGCAGCAUGACUGUGCCCUGGUAGGUAUAAACCUCUUAGGUUAGUGGUCCCCACAAUCAAAGUCACUGUCACCAAAUGCCCAUUAGCUGUACUGAUGGGUAGGCACUGUACCUGUUGUGUUUCCAUGUGCAUCUGUACCCUAAGCCGCAGACUGACAGUCAAUGCUGUGUCUCCAUCUGUACCCUAAGCCGCAGACUGACAGUCAAUGCUGUGUCUCCAUCUGUACCCUAAGCCGCAGACUGACAGUCAAUGCUGUGUCUCCAUCCGUACCCUAAGCCGUAGACUGACAGUCAAUGCUGUGUCUCCAUCCGUACCCUAAGCUGCAGACUGACAGUCAAUGGGGCUGUUAUGUAACUAAAGCAGAGUGGCCCCCUGUGCCUCUCUUGCUGCAUGUAAUGAAGCGACUUCAGCAAACACAGCAGGGACCGUUAUCUAUGUCUGUUUAUCUCCACUUCUCAUUUCCGUCAAUACACAAAUACAAGUUUUGCCUCACUGGUCCAGAUGGACAGACCAUGUUGUGUUUGCUUCUUCCUACUCUUUUCACUUACACGUUCUCAGUAUGAUCCACACGACAGUGGCUUCUAACAGCUUCAUCGCACACACAGAGGGGCUCUUUAUGCCUGUGGGGCAGGCUGCUGAAGUGGAACUGUUAUGCUUCAUCAGGAGCCCUGAGGCAAUGGAUGCCACCACCCCCAUAUUUCCACUUGAGAUUCAUGAUUGACAUGGUCUUUCUCGGAUGACAAGGGAAAGUGAGUGGGUGGGCUGGUGCAUCUGAUAGGUCUCUAAAACACUGAAAUGGCAAGAAAUCAGCAGGCUGUGUGCUCUGAGGGGUGAAAGGAGGGGCCGCCAUGUUGUACAGACAUGUAUAGACAUAGAAGCACAAAGAAAUAUGCAGAUUUUCAUGGGCCAGUGUGAGCUCUCAAGGGCUGUCUCAAAUCCUGUCUGCAUGUGACUCUAGCAGAAACUCCUUUACUUUCCCACAAAAUGCCUUAGAAAAAGGUGAUAAGUUCCUUAGAAAAGUGCUUACAAUUUGUCUGAAUUUCAUUUAACACAUAACAAUUUGAGAAUCAUUUGUCAAACUCAGAAUAUUCGACUUUCAAUUCAUUAGUGUGAAAUAUUUAUCCAUUUAUUUUACUUCAAAUUAGAAAGGUUUU